AUGUAUGCUGCUAUACCUCAAACUAUGGUCCUUGAGUGGCUAGAAUCAAAUAAAAAGCUUGAAUUUACUGAGAAAGACUAUGCUUCUAAACUUAAUUUGAUUGCCAAAUCACAUGGCCUAUCAAAGGCAGAAAAUUACAUCAAUCGUGUUCCAAAUUCUUUCAGAGGAGAAUUAUUAUACAGAACAUUACUAGCUAACUCUGCUAGUCUGAACAAUUUGAGGAAAACUGAGGAUAUAUUCAACAAAAUGAGGAAGUUAAAUCUUCCUGUUACACCCUUUGCUUGUAACCAGUUGCUUCUUAUUUAUAAAAGGAUUGACAAGAAGAAAAUAGCUGACGUGUUACUUAUGAUGGAAAAGGAGAAUGUCAUACCUUCUCCUUUUACUUAUAAAAUUUUAAUAGACGUGAAGGGCAUGUCCAAUGACAUUGAUGGAAUGGAUCAAAUAGUUGAGACAAUGAAGGCACAAGGUGUUGAACUAGACCAUCAAACACAGGCAUCCUUGGCUAGGCAUUAUGCCUCAGCCGGGCUUAAGGAAAAAACUGAAGCCUUAUUGAAGGAGAUUGAAGGUGAAAACUUGAAAGAGAAUAUGUGGGUAAUCCCAACUUUGCUCCGCCUUUAUGCAAUUCUGGGAAGGGUCGACGAAGUGGAGAGAAUUUGGAAGGUUUGUGAGUCAAGGCCUCCUCGGAUAGAGGAUUGCCUUGCUGCUGUUGAAGCUUGGGGAAAGUUGAAGAAAAUUGAAGAAGCAGAGGCAGUUUUUGAGAUGAUGUCAAAUAAAUGGAAGCUUUCCGCUAAGAACUACUCAAUACUCCUCAGCAUUUAUACAAGGCUUAAGUUGCUAAACAAGGGCAAGGAUCUUAUUAAGAAAAUGGGAGAUAGUGGAUGCAUAAUAGGUCCAUUGACCUGGGAUGCUCUUGUGUCACUUUAUAUUCAUGCAGGGGAAAUUGAAAAGGCAGACUCUGUUUUGCAGAAGGCACUGCAGCAGAAUAAGAUGAAGCCAUUGUUUAAUACUUUUAUGACUAUUAUGGAGCAGCAUGCAAAGAGGGGUGAUGUCCAUAAUGCAGAGAAGAUUUUCUAUAGAUUGAGACAAUCUGGUUAUGUUUCUAGAAUAUCUCCUUUCCAUGUUCUAACACAGGCUUAUUUAAACGCCAAACUACCGGCAUAUGGAAUCAGGGAGAGGAUGAAAGCUGAUGAUCUAUUUCCCAACAAAGCUUUGGCUGAACAGUUGGCUCUAUUAGAUCCAUUUAGGAAAACUCCAGUUUCAGAUUUGCUUGAUUGAGGAAACUAGUAUAUUCUAUCUUGUGCUUGUACUUGUCAAAUGAAACUAUUAUUUGUUAGUUUUAUGGUAAGAUUGAACUUCCCAAAUUCUAAUAUGUUAUCCUUUACUUAUUACUGCGUA